CCCAGGAAGCCCGGGCGCCCUCAGUCCGUCUGUCCGGAGCCGGGACUUUUUUGCGCGCCGCAUCCUAGCCGGGUCUCCUGCUCUUUCAGGCUGAAUCGUUGGCUCCGGGGCUUUUUCAUCUUCCCCAGCACAAAAGAAGCUGCUCGGUCCCGAAAAGAACCAGUGGACUGGAAAGAUGUGGAAGGCGCCAGUGCUGCUCUGGGUUUUGGGGAGCGCAUGGCUCUGGGUCCCUGCACUGGGAGCUGUCAUAGGUGGGCUAGAAGAUGACAUUGUGACUCCAGGUGCAGCAGGUGGCAUGGUGACCCCAGGUGUAGAAGACAACAUAGCAACCACAGUUCCUACUGGAGAGCCCAGUGAGUCUGCUGGCCCGACACAGCUGGUGCCAAGUGCAGAGAGUACAAAAAACACUCACAUUGAGGAUGGGCCAACCCCAGGCAGCUCAGUCCAUAUUCACAAAGAAAGUCAGAGCCCCACCACUCCACACAUGGCAACCAGUCACUCUGUGGAUAAGAAGACGAGUCACCCCAGUCAAGACAAGGUGGCUGAAGAGACACAGAUAACAAAUAAGAGUGAUGGUUUGGUGAUAGUGAUCUUGGUUGGAAUCAUAGCUGGGGUCUUGUUAACCAUUGGCUUCAUCGGCGGGACCAUCAUUGUAGUUAUGAGGAAAAUUUCAGGAAGAUUCUCGCCAUAAAGAGCUGAAGGAGAAUUGUCCCUCUGCCAACACGUGGGAAAACAUGUCUGACUCCCCAACCCCUAUCCCCAAGCUUGUGGGAGAAGAUGACCUGUGGACUGCUCAUCCACCCCACACAAAACCCAGCGAUUCUUCCACCUGCCAGAAGUAGGCAAAGGAAAAUAAUUCACAAGAUUUGGCUUCUCCAAGCAUUUGCCUUUCGAACAUU